AUGGCCCCUAUUUUGGAGCAGUACAUCGAAAGUAACGUGUUUGUUAUAUCAGUGGACGGACGAGUUUUUGUUGGAGUGUUGAAGGGAUUCGACCAGCUCACCAACCUUGUUCUAUAUAACUGCUUGGAACGAGUAUAUCACCCCGAGGCGCCAGUAGAGGAGCUAGAACUGGGAGUGUAUAUAUUAAGAGGCGAUAACGUAGUACUCGUCGGAGAGGUUGAUUUGGAUAUCGACAGGAGUAUGGCCGGCAUAGAGGCCAUACCGCUUAAGCCAGUAGUGUACUGA